UGUGAUGUUUGUGGUCACAUCUAUAGUCAUAAAAGAAAACUUGGGCUACACAUGAGAAUCCACACAGGAGACAAACCAUUCAACUGUGAUGAAUGUGGACAAAGAUUUACUCAAAAGUCAAGCUUAACCCAACACAUGAGAAUCCACACAGGAGACAAACCAUUCAACUGUGAUGAAUGUGGACAAAGAUUUACUCAAAAGUCAAGCUUAACCCAACACAUGAGAAUCCACACAGGAGACAAACCAUUCUUCUGUGAGGAAUGUGGACAAAGAUUUAGUCGCAAGUCAAACUUAAACAUACACAUGAGAAUCCACACAGGAGACAAACCAUUCUUCUGUGAGAAAUGUGGACAAAGAUUUAGUCACAAGACAAGCUUAUACCAACACAUGAGAAUCCACACAGGAGACAAACCAUUCUUCUGUGAGAAAUGUGGAGAAAGAUUUAGUCACAAGACAAGCUUAUACCGACACAUAAAAAUCCACACAGGAGACAAACCAUUCUUCUGUGAGGAAUGUGGACAAAGAUUUACUCAAAAGUCAAGCUUAACCCAACACAUGAGAAUUCACACAGGAGACAAACCAUUCUUCUGUGAGGAAUGUGGACAAAGAUUUAGUCGCAAGACACACUUAAACCAACACAUGAGAAUCCACACAGGAGACAAGCCAUUCAGCUGUGAUGAAUGUGGACAAAGAUUUAAUCACAAGUCACACUUAAACCGACACAUGAAAAUCCACACAGGAGACAAACCAUUCUUCUGUCAGGAAUGUGGACAAAGAUUUGGUCGCAAGACAAGCUUAGACAAACACGUAAGAAUCCACACAGGAGACAAACCAUUUAGCUGUGAUGAAUGUGGACAAAGAUUUACUCAUAAGACCAGCUUAAGCCAACACAUGAGAAUCCACACAGGAGACAAACCAUUCAACUGUGAUGAAUAUUUAGUCACAAGUCAAGCUUAA